AUGCUCAACCUCUCCCUCCCGACCGCCCUCGUCCUAAUCGACAACCAAGCGGCCUUCUCCCACCCAACCUACUGGGGCACCUCGCGCUCCAACCCCAACUACGAAACCAACCUACAGUCUCUCCUCAAUGCCUUCCGCACAGCCCGACGAACCAACCCCGCCCUCCCGCUAGAAAUCAUCCACGUCUUCCACUCCUCCACCUCCGCAACCAGCCCGCUCCACCCCGCCGACCCAAGCAAAGGCGCCCACCCGCUGGACUUCGCGCAGCCUGCCGCGGACAAUUCAGAGCCUGUUUUCUGGAAGAACGUCAACUCGUGUUUUAUCGGGACGAGGCUGGAGGCGUAUCUCCGCGACAAAGGGAUUAGGCAGGUGCUGUUUGCGGGGCUGACGACGGAUCAUUGUGUGUCGACGACGGUGCGGAUGGCGGCGAAUUUGGGGGUUGUGGAUGUUUAUCCGGAGGGACCGCCGGAGGUGUUGGCGGAUGGGAAGCAGACUGUGAAGCCGGUGGAUCAAGGGGUUGUGGUGCUUGUUAGCGAUGCGACGGCGACGUGGGCCAAGGGCGGGAUUGAUGCGGAGACGGUGCAUGCGGUUUCGGUGGAGAGUCUUAGAGGGGAGUUUGCGGAGGUGAUGAGUACGAGGGAGGUUGUGGAUUGGUUGGCUGCUGGGAAUUCCUAA